ACAGACAAUGCUGACAUUGAAGCUUUUUGUUUCCUUUUUCUUUUUGAUUAUUGUUCAUCUUCUCAAUAUCUGAUGAUUUGUCCACACACACACACACACAAAAAAAAAAAAAAAACGGCUGCCAUUCUGCUCUUUUGAUAUGCAGGCAGAGGCCUUCACUCGUAUGUUUGAGGAAGAGAAGUUCGAUGUUUGGCUAGCAGAGAAUAUGGGGCUGAUAGACUACAAUGCAACUCCCUGGGUACCUGUAGAUGACAAGCCUGACAAGGCAAGACGGCAGGUUACUGGUGAGAAAUCUGUGGUUGGGGGCAGCAUUAUGAGCAAUAUGGCGGAAUCAGGGAAGGCUGAGGUAGUUGAGAGUUCUGGGGAGACACCCCAGGUCAAGCUGGAGAUGAAAGUGCAGCCUGUAACACCUGUACCGCCUGACCGUUUAGAGGUUGAACUGCGGGCCCAAGAGGAGAAGCUCCGCUUGCAGGCCCAGGCAGUUGAGAACCUAAGGGCAGAGCUCAAGAGGAAGGCAGAGCACGCCCAGAAAAAGGCCAGGAGAAAAGUGUUGAUUGGAGACAUGCAGCGAAUCAUGAGCCUCGGUACGACCAGUCAGGCCAGUAAGGACAUGACAGAAUUCAUCCUGUUGCAGGAUGAGAUUCACCGGUCCUACUUUACUAACUGGGAUGACCGAAUCUCAGGUCUAGAGACCAGUCAUUCAGCUUUGUCAAAGAAGCUGGAUGACAUCUCUGCGCAGCUGAGCAACAUUGCCAAACAACUGCAGAUCACCCCUGUCCAGACUGUUCCUCCUUCUUUUGGCCCUUCUGCAGCACCUGUCCCAAAACCCCCGCACUCCAGACCUACAUCCCCACCUCUUACACCCAAGUCACCAGCACCCUCUCAGUCCUCAGCCCCAUUUGAACCGCAGCGGCCCAAGCUGACCUCUCUACCAAUGUUCUCAGGAGAAGAUCCUAAGGUGGAUGUGGCAGAUUGGGUGAUUGCGCAGCGAACCUACCCGAGUGGGUUCAAAUGCGACGAGGAUGUGAAGGUGUCAGCCAUCCUGGCACGGCUGGAGAGGACUGCACUAAAAUGGUGCACCUCCACUUCCAACAAGCAAGGGAUGGAGAUGGCUGAUUGGGCGCAAAGGUUGGGGGUGGCUGGAUUUCUGCAGGCCCUGCAAGACCGGUUUGCAGACAAGGAGCAGGCAAGAAAGGCUGCAGAUAAAAUUAUGUGCCUGGGCCAGAAAAAGUUUGAUGGCUCCUUGUCCAAACUGUAUUCCACUUUCGAGAGUCUGACAUCGACUCCAGGGUUGGAGAUGAGUGAGCAGGAUCUGGUCAUUCAUUUCCUGAGGGCAGCGCCUGAGCAAUUCCAGCUUGCUCUCUUCUCUCAGGGCCACAAGGACUGGAGGUCCUUUGGCAGAGCAGCCCUGGAUGUGGAGUCCAAGGUCCAUGUCCAGGAAGCACCUUCUGAAGGAAGGAAGGGGCCCUCCUCCAAAGGGCGAAGGAGGAGGAAGGGCGCCCUGUUUGCUGCUGCAACGUCUGGUUCUGAUAGUGACGCAGCAUCCCAGGGUGGAAGCCCUCCACCUGGGACUGCAUCAUCAUCAGCUGCAGAUCCUGUUCUUGCCUUGGUUGAUGCUUUGAUGGGCUUGGCAAAGGGAAAGGCCCCAGCCCAGAAAGCACCAUCCAGUCGCCAGGGGAAAGGGAAGGGACGUGCCUCUUCCCCUGGGGCCCAGAGAGUACCUUUACCACGAGACGUCCGCUGGCCAGCUGACCCACUUGAUCCUUCCACCUUCCCAUGGCAUGCACUCAGGAUCCAGGAGGGAGUUUGGAGGAAGAGGAAGGAUAAGGGGGUCUGCCUGAGAUGCGAGGGGGACCACUUCCUCAAGGACUGUCCCAGUAUGCCUCGGUCUUCCACUUUUGAAGACUCUGAGCUGGAUGAGACGUGGGAGGAGGACGAUGCUCAGACUAUUGCUGAUCUUUUCCUGUCUUUGCAGGAGAAGAAGCACAAGUCUGAACUCAUCCUGCUUCGACCCUACAUCCUGGGAGCCAAGAUCAAAGGGCUCUUGGACUGUGGGGCUACUCGCAACUUCAUCUCCCCCAAGGCAGUCAACAAACUACACUUGGACCAGAGGUUGGUGAAGCUGCAACAGCCAUUGGAGGUCCGUAUUGGGGACUCUUCCACAGUCAGGAUUACCACUGCUGUCAAGGGCCUACCUGUGUCCUUUGACAAGCAGGGGGAAGUCAGGCAUCGCCUGAACUUCUAUGUGUUCCCUAACGUUCCCUUUGACCUUGUCUUCUCUAUGCAGUGGCUUGGUGCCACCAAUCCUAGGAUUGACUGGCGGAUUCCUAGGGUUGAGCUGCCUGACCGGCAUGGGGUCUAUCGCCCUUGCAUACUCGCUGAUGAGUACCAUCCGACGAGCAACUGUUAUUGCAUGAGUGCUCGCAAAUUUUUGCGAUUCUCACACCAGACUGACCACGCUCGUCUGUUCGUGGCUUAUGUCAAACAGACUGACGUGGAAACUGCUCCCUGUCCCUCUCAGAUUCAGCAGGUGGUAGACCGCUUCUCAGAUCUUAUGGAGGAGCCUACUGGACUUGUCCAUAGGCAGACCAAACAUAAGAUUGAGAUCCUGUCUGGCUCGGUCCCUCCCAAGGGCCAGGUCUACAAGAUGUCUCCUGCUGAACUUGAAGAGCUCAAGAAACAGUUAGAGACCCUGACCAGCAAGGGCUGGAUCAGGCCCAGCACAUCUGAGUUUGGGGCACCAGUCCUCUUUGUUCCAAAGGGGAAUGGUGAGUUCAGGAUGUGCGUGGAGUAUCGUGGUCUCAACAAAAUCACGAGGAAGUCUACAGAGCCCCUUCCUCGCAUCGAUGACAUGUUGGACAUGGUGCAGGGCUGCACUAUUUUCAGCAAGAUCGACCUCAAAUCUGGCUACCACCAGAUUGAGAUGGCUGAAGGCGAUGUCCACAAGACAGCCUUCAAAACCAGGUAUGGGACUUACGAGUACCUGGUUAUGCCAUUCGGUCUUUGCAAUGCGCCAGGCACCUUCCAAACAGAGAUGCACCGCAUACUGAGGCCUUACCUGGACAAGUUCGUAGUUGUCUACCUUGAUGACAUCUUGGUAUUCAGUCGUUCUGUCCAGGAGCAUGCGCAGCAUCUGGCUCUGGUCCUCCAGGCCUUGCGUGCUAACCAAUACAAGAUUAACAGGGAGAAAUCCUCCUUUGGGGUGCUCUCUGUAAUCUAUUUGGGACACGUGAUUUCUGGAGAGGGGUUGGCUCCUGAGGCAACGAAAGUUGCUGCAGUUCAGGACUGGCCGCGACCUGCUAACAUUCGUCAUGUCCGGUCUUUCUUGGGGCUUGCAUCCUACUACAGGACGUUCAUCAAGAACUUCUCAGCGAUUGCAGCUCCCCUGACUGAUCUUACAAAGAACUUCCUUUCUUUGGACGAUGAUGGGAAUGUUCUGCAGCCUAUUGAGUAUAUGAGCAAGAAGAUCAAGGCCAAGAAGCUGCAGGACUCUACCUAUGAGAAGGAGCUCUAUGCUCUUGUGUCAGCGCUCAAGCAUUGGAAGCACUUUCUCCUGGGCAGGCACUUCAAGAUCUUCUCAGAUCACUCCACCCUUCAGUGGAUGAAGUCCCAGGGAGAGCUGAAUGACAAGCUUGCUCGCUAUAUUCAGUUCAUUGACAUGUUUGACUUUGAACUGAGACACAAGAAGGGCUGCUACAAUCGAGUAGCAGAUGCCCUUUCUCGUAGGCCUGACGCUUUCUUUCUGAUCUCCUUUACUCACUCGUUUGGAGAGAGGACACGUCAGACCAUUGCCCAUUUGCUGCCCCAGGAUGAGAUCUUUGGGCCUAUUGUGAGGAAUCUCCAGGACGAUCCUGCCUUUGAACCAGGAUACUCUCUGGUCUCAGGCCUGCUGUACACGUGCAGCAGAGGCGAGGAGCGCCUGUGCAUUCCCCAGGACCGCAAGCUGAGGACACUUCUGAUGUCAGAGUGUCAUGACGCUCGUGGUCACUUUGGUGCCCUCAAAUCGUAUGCAGCCCUGUCGCAACGCUUCUUCUGGAAGGGGAUGAGGAGUGACAUGCUGCACUAUGUGGGAACCUGUGAGUUAUGCCAAAGGAACAAGGUGGUACGACGACCUCCCCUUGGCUUACUCAAACCCCUACCUAUCCCUGAUGCUCCUGCACAGUCAGUUCCUAUUGAUUUCACUGACUUGGGUAGGACUACACCACGAGGUAUGCGUCAGGUCAUGGUAUGUGUGGAUCGGUUCUCCAAAUAUGCAGAGUUCAUCCCCUUACCAGCUGAGGCUCGUGUGUCGGCCGUCCAGGCGGCGUUUGCUGACAGGUGGGUUACACAUCAUGGACCACCCACCUCCAUUGUCAGUGACAGAGAUCCCCAUUUUUGCAGCAAUGAAUGGCAAUCCUACUGCAGGGAUUACCUUCAUUCGAGGCUGGACAUGACAUCUGGUCGUCAUCCUGAAGCCAAUGGUCAGGCUGAAGUGAUGAACCAGAUUCUGUUCCAAUUGCUGCGUCCUGUGAUCAGUCCAGAUCACCAGGACUGGGAUCUCCAUCUGAGUCGUGCACAGCUUGUGUAUAACACGUCUGUACACUCCUCGACUGGGUUCACCCCCUACCGGUUGCACUGGGGUCGUGAACCACGGCAGCCUGUCGAUGAUAUCAUCGACAAGGCUACCCCUACGCUGACACCUGGAACUGCAGAGUUCACCAGGCGUUACCGUGUGGACAUAGAGCGUGCCCGUGCUAACCUGUUGAAAGCCCAAAAGGCUAUGAUUCAACAGGCCAAUAAGCACAGGCGUCCUUCUACGAUUCGCACAAGUGACUGGGUGUGGGUACUCAGUUCCGAGCUGUCAAGAGAGGAGGACAUUUCGCCUAAGCUGCUGCCACGAUAUAUGGGUCCAUGGCAGGUGUCUUUCAAGUACCCUAGGCGGAUCUGUGUAUAUGGGACAGAAGUGACAGUGAUGCAGCAGAAAACGCGACCAAAGGACUUCAGCCAUUGUAUAUUAGAGGAGAUCAUGCUGUUGAAGGAUGUGCCGUUCGGUGAUUAUUUCCAGGUGCAUGUCAGGAAAGAAAUGUUCCGAAAGACAGAUGCGAUGAUAGGUGUACGGGCAUCCUUUGACCCGAAGUACAUGAAGAUGUCAACCCUUGUAGACCAUUGCCAAGACCAGGAUAGUGGGCGUAGUCUGCAGCCAGUUGAGUAUAUGAGUAAGAAGAUCAAAGUCAAGAAGCUGCAGGAUUCAACGUACGAGAAAGAGUUGUAUGCUCUAGUGUCAGCGCUAAAGCAUUGGAAACAUUUCCUCAUGGGCAGACACUUCCAGAUCUUUUCAGAUCACUCCACCUUACAGUGGAUGAAGACCCAAGGGGAACUUAAUGACAAGCUUGCGCGUUAUAUUCAGUUCAUUGAUCUCUUCGACUUUGAACUGAAACACAAGAACGGAUGCUACAAUCGUGUAGCAGACGCCCUUUCUCGUAGGCCUGACGCUCUCUGCAUGAUCUCCUCCACUCAUACUUUUGGAGAGGGUACUCGUCAGACCAUUGCCCAGUUAUUGCCACAGGAUCCGACUUUUGGCCCAGUUGUUAGGAAUCUACAGACUGAUCCUGCCUCUGAACCAGGAUAUAUUCUGGUCUCAGAUCUGCUGUACACUUGCAGUAGAGGAGAGGGGCGUUUGUGCAUCCCUCAGGACCGCCAGCUGAGAACACUCAUGAUGUCUGAGUGUCAUGAUGCUCGCGGCCAUUUUGGGUCCUUAAAGUCGUUGGCUGCCCUGUCGCAGCAGUUCUUCUGGCCAGAGAUGAGGAAAGACAUGCUGCACUAUGUUGAAACCUGUGAGUUGUGCCAAAGGAACAAGGUCGUGCGCCGACCUCCCCUUGGCCUACUACAGCCACUUCCCAUCCCUGAGGCACCUGCACAGUCAGUGUCUAUUGAUUUCACUGAUCUGGGGAGAACUACCCCUCGCGGUAUGCGUCAGGUUAUGGUGUGUGUUGACAGGUUCUUUAAGUAUGCAAAAUUUAUUCCUUUGCCAGAGGAAGCCAGAGUCCCGUCCGUACGAGCGGCCUUUGCUGACAGGGGGGUUACUCACCAUGGACCACCCACCUCUAUUGUCAGUGAUAGAAACCCGCGAUUCUGCAGCAAUGAAUGGCAGUCCUACUGCAAGGACUACCUUCAUUCCAGGCUGAAUAUGACAUCUGGUCAUCAUCCUGAAGCCAAUGGGCAGGCUGAAGUGAUGAACCAGAUUCUCUUCCAGCUGCUGCGUUCUGUGAUCAGCCCUGAUCAGCAGGAUUGGGAUCUCCAUCUAGGACGGGCACAGCUAGUGUACAACACCUCUGUACACUCCUCCACAGGGUUCACCCCUUACCGGUUGCACUGGGGACGUGAACCACGACAGCCUCUCGAUGACAUCAUCGAUAAGGCUACUCCCAGACUGACUCCUGGGACUGCAGAGUUCACCAGACAGUACCAGAGGGACAUCGAACGAGCCAGAGUUAACUUGCUCAAAGCCCAAAAGGCUAUGAUCCAGCAGGCUAACAAGCAUCAUCAACCAUCCCCCAUUCGAGCUGGUGACUGGGUCUGGGUACUUAGUUCUGAGCUAUCGCAGGAGGAGGACAUUUCGCCUAAGCUGUUGCCGCGUUACAUAGGUCCAUGGCAGGUUUUAGAUACAGUGGGGGCUGACCCUUUCGGGCCUUCCUAUCAUGUAGAUGUCCCACUGCAUCUACAAACCUACCCUGUCUUCCAUGCAUCCAAGCUGUUGCCUUUUACACCGGCUGAUGCAUUUCCAAACAGGCCUCCACAAUUCGGUCCCCCGAUCCCUGGGAAGGGAUAUGAGGUGGAAGAAGUUGUGGAUGAGUAUGGUACAGGCCCGGAUAAGGAGUACCUUGUGAAGUUCCUCUACCAGCCCCAUACUGAGGAUCGCUGGUUUACUCGCAAGGAACUUCUGAAAACAGCCAAGUCUGAGUUGGAUAUGGGUCAUGGCGGCGUAGACUUUCUCGAGGGGCUUGUGGUCGGGUCUGUCCGUUGGAAGCAAGUCCUCGGGACGCUCGUGGUCGAUAACAAGACAAUAGUAAGCGGAGUCGGGGUGUUCACGAGACAUGUGAAGGAACUGGUGAGGGGAGACAGGGGGUGGGGUAGAAAGGGGGAGAAGGGUGAUGUUAUGGAAGAAGCGGGGGCGGGAGGGAGCGGGCGCGAAGUGGUGAUGGGGGUGGAGGAGUCGAUCGUGGUGACGCAUGCGAGAGAGGAGGUCAGCAAGGGGCAUGUCGGGUUCGUGGGCGAGGGCGGUUGCAAGAUCUUUGUGGCAUACUCGCUUGAUGCGGGAGAUGAACGCAAAGUCGGGAAUGACGGUGGUGGGGAGGUGAUGGCGGAGGGAGCGGAUGUAUUGGACGAAGCGGUCCGUGAGACCGGUCUGGCGGAGGUGACAAAAUUGUUCGAGGUAGUCAUCGAUGGUUUUCUGGGGGUGGAAGGUGGCAGUGAGAAGGUUGGCCCAUUGGAGGAAGGAGUGAUGCGGUCCUCCGGAGGCGCGGCGGUUGCUGACUUCGGCCAUCCACCAUUUGGCGGCAUUGCCGAAGAGGCCGGAGGUGGCAAUGGGAAGCCAGUGGACAAGGGGCAUGUGGUGGAGCUUGAAAGAGUUAUGGAGCUGGGUAAGGAAGAGGAAAACGUCCUCGUGGGGAAGUCCAGAGAAGGGCAUGAUGUCGGCGGAUCGAAAGGAACGGGGGACUUCCCCUUCGCGGGAAAUGAUCCGGGCGAAGGUGUUGAAGUUGAGAUUACCGGGGGUAGUGUCGUAGCAGGUGUAAUCGAAUUGGUUGUUGUCGUCAAGGAGGUAGUUGGGGGGAAGUUGUGGCAUUGCGGGGUAAACCCCGAAGAGUCGGAACGAAGAUCAGACAUGGUGAUGGAAGAUUGGGCCAUGGUGGGGGAAGAGGGGGUGGAUGACGUGGCCGGAGCGGAAGUGGAGGCGGUAGCAGCGGAUGUGAUAGCGGCAGCGGUGGAGGCGGCAGCAGCAGCGGCGGCGGCGGCGGCGCAUUGGGAGGUCUUGGUUUGGCGUGGUGGCAUGUGGAGAUGGGGGGGGCAAUUCCUAUUUACAAGAAUAGAGCGUCAUCAAGUGAUUUAGCAAUGAAGGUAGCAGAGAAUCGCAGAGCAAGAAUUAAUUUUGAAUAAAUUAAUUUGAAUUUA